GUGGGCAGCUUUCGGUUGACCUGAGCGGCCCCCAUCCGCCCGGGCGAUGGCCGAGUUCGUUGCAGGAGGACGCGCCGAAGAUGGCGCAGUACUUCCUGAUCUGCGCCUACCAAGUGCUGACGCAGGCGGAGGUGGAGCAGCAGGUUCGCAACGUCGCGGACGCGAGGGCGGCCGCAGCGGCUGGCGACGCCGCGCCGCCUGCUCAGGUCGGCUCUGGGAGCGCUGGGGGCAGCGGCACCGCUGCCGAGGGCGACGUCGGCGCGGUGGAGCCGAACGUCUGGUACUUCACCGUCCCGCUGGAGCGGAAGACGGCCGAGGAGUGUAUCAGGGCGCUUGAUGCCGUUGUGGCGGCGGUCGGGCUCGAGUUCCAGGGGCAGGCGGUCUUUCGCAUCCACGCGGAUCGUGCCCCAGAGCUCUCAGGACCGCGCGUGCGAGACCACUUCGCCACGAAGCAGAUCGUGGUCACCAGGGCGCCAGACUUCGAGCCCAACAAUAAUCCUCGCGCGGAGCGUGGCAUCGGCGUCAUCAGGGGUCGCGCGAGGGCAAUGCUGAUGUCCUUCCCUGCCGCCGAUCAGCAGCAUCUCUGGCCAGCUGCCGUGCAGCGUGCGAGCUGGCGCCAGCGGCGCUUGGCCAUGGGGCGGGCGAUUGACCGCCCAGCAUUGGGGGGCCUCGCCACGGCCAGGAUCAAGGAUCCCCGCAAGGCGGGCUUCGCACCGCGCGGCAAAGACAUGAUCUUCCUGGGCAAGGGGGUGUCGAGCUCCUACGUGGUCGACGCUUCGGCCGCGCUCCAGGAUCCCGCCCUGUGCGACGAUUCAGAGGCAGCGCCGACGGCGGAGGUGUUUAAGGAGAGUGGCUUUGCUCCCGCGACGGAUCGCGAGGUCGACCAGAGCUUCGGAGCUGAGCGGGAGGCCUGGCGACAGGCCCUGGGCGGUGAGCUCGAGUCCCUCCGGGGGAAGGAUGCCUUCGAGGACCUAUGUGCCGCGGAGGUGGCGUCGACGCCAGCCCGCAAGAUCCUGCCCAUGAAGAUGGUGCUCGGCACGAAGCCUCGCGGCGGCCGCAAGCAUAAGGCCCGCGGCUGCAUCUGCGGCAACUUCCAGCCGCAGGUCCUUGGCGAGGAGACGUUCAGCGCGUCGGUGGACAUUCCCCGCUUGCGACUCGCGUUGGCCGUCGCCGCAGCGAACCAGCGGGCGCGCUCUGCCCUGGACGUGGCCACGGCGUUCCUGAACGCGGAGCUGCCGCCAGAGAUUGGGGGGGUCAUCGUCCGACCUCCAGCCAUCCUCACCCGCUUCGGGUUGGUGAAGGCGGGGGCCCUGUGGCGCGUGAAGCAGGCCAUUUAUGGCCUGCGCGUCGCGCCGCGCGCGCGGGGGGAGAGACGUGACCGCGCCCUGCGCGAGAAGGUCCUCAUGGUCGAGGGUGAGCGCUGCCGGCUUCGGCAAUCACAGGUUGACCAAUGUUUGUGGGCGAUCGUGAACGAGCAGGACCGCGUGCUGGGCUACGCGUGCGUCUACGUCGACGAUUUCCCGGUGGCGAGGGGAACCGAUGCCAUCCGAGCGGUUUCCGACAUGUUGGAGUUGCUGGCCAAGUGGGGCCUCGAUCGUGGCAACGGCGCGGGCACGAUCGCAAUCGGCCCCCUGCCUGGGCAGCCCGCCGACGCGGACGAGCAGGAGACGGUCGACAUAGGGCAGGUCCGUCUCGCACAGAGGAUGUCUGGCGGACUCCUGUGGCUUUCGUGCCGCACGCGCCCCGGCGCGGCGUUCGCAGUGUCUCGAUUAUCUUCGGCCGCCGCACUUAACCCGGAGUGGGCCCUCAAGCUGGGAAAGAAGAUCUUGAGGUACCUGGCUGGGACUCGGCACUGCGGUUUGGCCUAUCAGUGCAGCGGGCGCUUGGCAUUGCACGUCUACGCCGACGCAUCCUUCGAGCCAUCCACGGCCCAGGCGGGCAUAGCCGCUUACUUGGGGCAGCGUCUAGUGGAUUGGAGGUCGCGCAAACAACCGCAGCCAGCGAGAUCCACAGCAGAAGCGGAGGUGACGGGACUUGCUUUGGGAGGCGUGGUGCUGGAAGGCGUUGAAGCCGUGCUCAGCAGCAUGUUCAUCAAGGCGGAGAGCCCGGAGAUGUUGGCGACAAUCAG